AAUGGUGGACUGAAGGAAAACGAAACUGAAAGUGUUGCAAUGUGAAACAGAUAAGAAUGAGUAUUGCAACAAAUAUUGGUCAAUCAAAGUUGCAGUGUAUUUCAUCUAAAUCACCAAUGACUUGCACAAAUGAAACAAAAGUGCAAAGACUACGCAAUGGUUACCAGAAACUAUCACAUUCAGCAUACAAACUUUUCGGGAAAAAAUUGCUAAAAACAAGCCGUCUUGUUGCUUCCACACAAGUUUUGACCAAUAGUGCCAUACCAACCAGUGAUUGUGAUGUUGUUGUUGCAUUUCCUUCUGACCCAGAUACUAAUGUCCUCAUGUGGUUAUUGGACAAACUAAGGGAGAGAACUCCAGAUAUCAUUGUUCAUGUAAGACAUCACAGCAACACUAAGGGACCAGUUCUUCAUCUGACAGCUGCACAUCAGAGUCUUUUGAAAGGUGCUGAAGAACUAGGCAUCAGGAAACCACUGAAGGAAGAAUAUGGAGGUGGAAUGAAAGAAUUUAAUUAUGAGGACCAGGAAUGUUUUUCUGGAGUCAAUGCUUCAGAGUUCUUUAGUAGUCAGGAACGACAGAGUAUUAUCCAUUACAUGUUAAAUAAUUUGAGGGCCAAUGAAGGAGAAAGUCUGGGAAACAUAACAUUUUUAGAAGGGCAGUCUAUAAUUCCACUUUUAGAAACGGAGCAAGUCAUAUCCCAAGUCUUCCCACUUCACAGUACAGAUGAUCUGAUGGAAUUAAGAGAAACUUGGAUGCAGAAAUUUUUCAGCAAGCAACCUCUUGAUAAGAUUUGUAAUUAUUUUGGAGUAAAGAUUGCAAUGUAUUUUGCUUACCUUGGACAUUACACUGUAGCAUUGUGUCUACCAGCACUUAUUGGGUUUCUCAUCUGGUUCAUCCAGGGGGAAGAUGAGGGAGCAGAUGACUUGGAUUUAUUAAUAUUUGCCUUAUUUAAUGCUAUAUGGGCUACAUUGUACUUAGAGCACUGGAAAAGGAGAAGUUCUAAGCUGGCAUAUGACUGGGGAACAUUAGAUAAAAAGGAUGAAUUAUUAGAAGAUCCAAGACCAUUGUUUACAGGAGACCUAAGAGAAAGUCCAGUUACAGGCAGACUAGAACCAUAUUACCCUCAGUGGAAGAGGAAUUUAUUUCGUUAUUUUGUUUCCCUGCCUGUGGUCCUUCUCUGUUUAUUGGUUGUCUUUGUGGUGAUGUUGCUGAUCUUCCAGUUCCAGGAAUGGAUCAACAGGAAAGUUGCUGUAGACAGUUACCCAGGAUUCCUUACUGUCAUUCCUAAGAUUUUAUUGGCUAUAUGUAUUGGAAUAUCUGAUGAGAUUUACAAGAAGAUAGCCUUUUGGUUAAAUGAUAUGGAAAACUACAGAAUGGAUGAAGCCUACGAAAAUCAUCUCAUUACAAAACUAGCAACUUUUCAGUUUGUGAAUUCUUUUCUGUCACUGUUUUACAUUGCCUUUUACCUACAAGACAUGGAUAGACUCAGAGAUCAAUUGGCAGCUAUUUUGAUAACAAGACAAAUAUUGGGAAAUAUCAAAGAAGCUCUGUUACCAUAUCUACAAUGGCAAGCAAGACUUUGUAAAGUUGGUUAUGAAAUGGUCAGUGACCUCUCUCCUGGCAAUUCUUUUAAGGGAGACAAUUCUGUGGUAAAAGAUCUUCAAGAUGAGCCCUCAGAAGGAUCAGAAUUAAAAAAACGGUCAGUCACCUUUCAGGAAAGCUCAAAGGAAGAAAAUGUAGAUUAUCCAAAACGAAAACCAGGAGAUAGAAGACACAGUAUCUAUGUUAAAAGAAGUUUAAAAUUAACACAGGCUGAAGUUGAAAGUGAAAUGAAAAAGUAUGAAGACACUUUAGAAGACCAUUUAGAAAUGUUGAUACAGUUUGGAUAUGUGACAUUAUUUUCCUCAGCAUUUCCUUUGGCAGCCUUGUGUGCUUUGUUAAACAAUAUCAUAGAAAUCCGUAGUGAUGCAUUUAAACUGUGUAUGCAUCAUCAGAGACCAUUUGGCAAGAGUGUAGAGAGUAUUGGUACUUGGCAGGAUGCUUUGGAACUAAUGGGAAUAAUAGCUGUUGGUGUGAACUGUGCUCUGAUUGGUGUAAGUGGACAAAUUGGCCGUCUGCUUCCUGUGACAGAACUGUCAACAACUAUAAUUAUCAUCGUUGCUUUAGAGCAUGUCAUUUUAGCUUUAAAAUUAUUAAUAGCCUAUGCCAUUCCUGAUGUACCUGAAGCCAUUGCUACCAAAAAAGCAAAAUUAGAAUUUCUCAGAAGGGAAGCACUCAAGAAAUUAGAAUCCCAAACUACCAGCAGUGGUUCUGGAAUAGUGCAAAGUUUACCAAGACAAAUAUCCAAAAAUAAUAUUACUCAGCAAGGAAAUAUUGAUUCAAAAAGCCAAGCAUCAUCUCCAUCUACCACACAUACAAGCUGUAAAAUUAGUUUAUCUAAUAAUCCAUCUCAGAGAAAUAAAACUGAUAAUAUCAAAUCUACUGCCUCGAUAGAAGACACAAGUGAAAAAAUUGAUUUUUUUACAGCAAAGAAAAUCUUUGCCAAAGUCAAUCCAGUUCAAACUUUGCCAAAAAAAGAUCUGACACGAACUGUCACUAAUCCAUAUGCACUGUGUGAAGGGAAAAAGAAUCAUAUAAAUGAUUCAAUGUCAAGGAGCAGUGUUUCAAGUCUAAGGACUGGACAUAAAGUUACUCCAUCUGCAGAAAGUCGAGAAGGUACAAACCAGAAUUCCCACCCCCGAUAUUUAUCAAGGUCUUAUUCAGUGGACAGUGACCACAUCGAAAAGUACAUCGAUCGUAGUACGGGUACAAUAAAUAGACAACAAUACUUGCCAGAUGAACAAAUACAAAAACUAAUAGCCAACGCUGAAAGAAGACGUUCAGGAACAUAUGUGUCAUCUAUGACAAUACCGAUACAAUCUUCAACACAGAGAAAAACAAUCUUUUCUGUAGUAAAAAGCGGUCAGUCCUCCCAUGUAGUUCCAUCAGACAGACAUUUACAGCAAGAUAAGGAUGAACUUAAUAAAACAAAAGAUACAAAAGGCUAUCAUUCAGUAAGAUCUGGAAAUAUGGAAAAUGUAAAUAAGGAAUCUAGCUUGUGAUGAGUGUUAUAGGAGGUAAUAUCAUAUCUUUGUAAAUUACUGCACACUGAAUGACUUGUCAGUGCAAUAUUAAAAUACAUAUUUUUUAUUCUAUAUUUGAUUUUAUUUAUACAUUCAAUAUAUCCAUUUUACAUGUGAAAAUAUAUAUAUAUAUAUUGUAUUUGUGUUUGAUGAGACUAACAUUUUGUUGAUAGGGAAUUUGGGUGUAUGAUUGAGUUAUAGACGUUUUUGUAUAUGUUGUAAACAAAUAGUGAACCUUGUAGUCCCAAAGAACAGUUAUAAUUGUAAACACUCAGGUCUAGACUAAGUUGACAUAUUUACAAAUGUUUUCUAUUUAUUAAUGUUAAUGAUAUAACUUGUACCCAAACUUUAUGUCACCUGAGGAUUUUAUUCAACAUUUUUUUCACAAUAGAUAUAUAUAUAUAUAUCCUAGGGAAAAGCAUUCAUCUCUUGUAGCUUAGUGUUACAACAAAUAUGCUAAGGGGCCUGACCCUGUAGUGUUAAUAACAAAUUAAAGUAGAGGGGUUCAAUAAGCAAAAGUUUUAUAUAUUAAUAAUGUGUUAGUUGCAUUAUACAAAGAAUCCUAUUAAAAAGAUAACUUUUGCUGCAAUAUCUGUAUAUUUGUUUGAUGUGCAAUACAAGAAUCUGCGGUUUUUAUUAAUUUUUUGUUGUGUUUUAUUUUUCAUUAAUAACUUUGACUGACACUUAUUUAGUGUACUAACUUUAUAUAUUGAAAUCUGCUGGAUUAUAUAUUAUUGUUCAUAUAAUUGUGAUAUUUUAUGUUGAUCAAUUCAGUUCAUAAAGAUUUUAGUUUAUUUUUA